UGCACGUGCUGUUUAAAUAAAUAUGAGUAUAUAAGAGUUUUAAAACCUAUAUCACUGUUUUGUUUUUGUUUGUUUUUUUGGCGGAGUCAUAAUUUGAUUUUUAUAUGAAAGCUACACAUUUUCAGAAUGCCAGCUUUAAAGUGUUAUAUAUUUUAAGAAGCUUUUAAAGCAGAAGAGUAACUUUUUCUGUUAAAAUACUUUCUCUUAUCCCAGCAUAAUAUGCUGAGACAACUGUAAGUAAGCCAUACAUAGGUUAAUUUUAUCGAAAACUGUAAACGCCGUGUUUCUGUUGACGCUAUGAAAAUGGCUCUGUUUUGAGAGCCGCUUAGACCCGCCCCAACAACGUUACUCAACCAAUGGCGUGAGUUGGGGGCGGGACUCUCUUUGUUUGACCAACGGGAGGCGUGUUCAGAAAGCUGUUUUUAUUUUUGCAAUUCCGUUUGGUGGCGCUAGUGGCGCAGAAAUGAAACAUGGGUUUAGCCAGAAAAAGAAAAAGUACAAUUGAGCGGAUUUAACCCUCUCCAAACACAUCGCAUCAACCAAUCAGACUGACCGCUUGGGCGAUCACGUGAUUAUUCAACAUGGCUCCUUUCUAGUCGCACUGACUGACUGAAUGAAUGCAUAUAAAUAAAGAAAUCUGAACACGUUAAUUAAUGGGCAAUUUUUUGCCCACUGACGCCCGUCAAAUAAGUUGAGCCUACUUCCUUUAUACGAAAUAUGUUUAAGAUGAAGCUUCGAGUGCAGCUGCAGUGUAAGAACUUACAUGAGUACCUGAGGGAACUGAGUCCAGAGAUCCUCGACAGACUCUACAAUCAUCCCGCAACAUGUCUGGCCGUCUACAGGGAACUUCCAGGAUUGGCAAAGAAUUAUGUAAUGCGGAUGCUGUUUUUAGACCACCCUCUUCCACAGGCCGUGGUCGCACUGUGGGUUAAGAAAGACAGUCAAAAUGCCCAUGAUCAGUGUGUGUCUGUGUUAACUGGCCUACGGCUGUGGCACAGUCAGCAGCUUCAGGGUGGACUCCAAGGCUUUGUGCUUAACCCUGUGUUUAAAGAUAACCUGAGGAUAGCACUGCUGGGCGGGGGUAAACCGUGGGCAGAUGAGGGCAGCUGUCUGGGUCCUGAUCGCCAUGCAAGGGAUGUAGAGAGUCUCGACCGCUAUGCAAUGGAGCGAUGGGAGGUCAUCCUUCACUUCAUGGUGGGCUCACCCAGCGCUGCUGUCAGCCAGGAUCUGGCACAGCUCCUCAUAAAGGCUGGGCUCAUGAGGAGUGAGGCUGGUGAAGCUCCUUAUAUCACUUCAGCAGGGUUUCAGUUUCUGCUACUAGACACGGCAUCUCAGCUGUGGUACUUCACUCUGCAGUACCUCAACACAGCACAAUCAAGAGGUAUGGACCUGGUGGAGAUUCUUUCCUUUUUGUUCCAGUUGAGUUUUUCCACUCUUGGUAGGGAUUAUUCUGUGGAGGGAAUGAGUGAGUCUCUACUCACAUUUUUGCAGCAUCUGCGAGAGUUUGGCCUGGUUUUCCAAAGAAAGAGGAAGUCAAGACGGUACUACCCAACAAGGUUGGCCAUAACUCUUGCUGCGGGCGUCACAGUAAACCCUGCCUCUAGCUCUGCCUCUACACUGGGAGCCACACUCAGAACAGGAGACACAGGCUUCAUCGUGGUAGAAACCAACUAUCGCAUCUAUGCGUGCACAAACUCUGAGCUACAGAUUGCACUGGUAGCUCUAUUUAGUGAGAUGCUGUAUCGGUUUCCUAAUGUGGUGGUUGCUCAGGUAACAAGAGAGUCUGUGCAGCAGGCAAUUGCUAAUGGCAUUACUGCACAGCAGAUAAUUCACUUUUUAAGGACCCGAGCACAUCCAGUAAUGCUUAAACAGACCCCCGUCCUCCCCCCGGCCAUCACAGAUCAGAUCAGACUGUGGGAGCUGGAGAAAGAUCGCUUGCAGUUCACUGAGGGAGUAUUAUACAACCAGUUUUUAUCCCAGGCUGAUUUUGAAGUGCUACGGGAUAGGGCUCAAGGUUUAGGUGUAUUGGUGUGGCAGAACCCCGCUCACAGGGUCAUGGUGGUAUCGCCACAUGGACACAGCGAGGUCAAGAGAUUCUGGAAAAGACAGAAGAGUCAUAUGUAAAGAAAAAACAUUGUAGAAGAGACCUAAAAAUUGACUUCGCUUGAAGGCUCUGAGAAUAACACAAACCCACUGUAUACAGUCUCAUCACAGAGUUAUUGCUUAUAUAGAUGGACAGAGGACAAACCUUUGAUGUGGAGGAAAAGCUACCUGUUUUCAUGCAUUUAACUACUCUAAUAUUAAUCUAAAAAAUCACCUUGUUUUCCAAAGCUUUGAUAUUUACAAAGCUGCUUUUACUAGAUUACUUGUUUGUGUCUGAGGAAAAUUGACAAAAAUAAAUACAGUUUA